UAAACAAUGAAUCGCCUGAGUAUAAGCAUAUUGGCCCUGAUGGCCUGCUGCGUCGCAAGCAACGCGUUCCCCGACACGGAGUUUCCUUUUGGCCGUAUUGUGAACGGUGAGGAGACCACGAUUGAGAACCAUCCCUAUCAGGUGUCCAUACAGACCACCAAGGGCUCGCAUUUCUGCGGCGGCAGUUUGAUCAGCGAGGAUUGCGUCGUUACCGCAGCCCAUUGCAUGCAGUCGUACAAGGCCUCCGAGAUGCAGGUGCGUCUGGGCUCCACGCAGCGCAAUUCUGGCGGCGAGGUCAUUGGCGUGAAGGCCUUCAAGUUCCAUGAGGGCUACAACAGCGAUUUGAUGGUCAACGAUGUGGCUGUCAUCAAGCUCAGCUCGCCCGUGCGCUUCACCUCCAAGAUUCGUCCCAUUGCUCUGGCCAAGGAAGCACCCAAGUCUGGCACUAAGGCCACCGUAUCUGGUUGGGGCACCACCUGCUUCAUGCUUUGCUCCUCGCCCAACAAUCUGCUGGAUGUUGUCGUCUCUCUAUUGGAUGUCAAGGAUUGCUCUUCCGACCAGUUCAAGUACGGCUCCAAGAUUAUGGACACUAUGGUCUGCGCUGAGGGUGAGAAGAAGGAUGCUUGCCAGGGUGACUCCGGCGGUCCAUUGGUGGCCAACAGCCAGCUGGUUGGUGUUGUCUCCUGGGGCAAUGGCUGCGCCUGGAGCGGCUAUCCUGGUGUCUACUGCGAUGUGUCCACUGUCUACAAAUGGAUUGAGGAUACUUGCGCCAAGUUGUAAACGAAUUCAAUAAAAUAAAAUACUUUAAAUGCUCAAGGAUAAA